GAAGUUUUGCUGACCAGCCAAAGAGAAAAAUGAAGCUCCCCAAAACGGCACGAAAAAUCUGAAGCAAGCGAAAACAGACAAACCAAGCGCUAACACGCAGACACGUAUGCCAAACCCAAACCACAUCCACUCCAAAAUAUUACACUAAAAACUCUCUCCCUCUCUCUCUCUCUCUUUUCCUCUCCUCUCCUCUCCUUCAAAACCCCACGCCUUCUCUCUGCGCCAAGUAGGCCAAGAAGCUCCUCUCUUUCAAUUCCAUUACUUCUCUAUUUGCUCUCUGUUUUCAAGAUGGCAUUGUCAUCAGCAUGCCUUGUGGGAAAUGGUUUAUCUACUCAUGGUACUAAUCCAGCAUUAAGCAAGAGCUUCUAUGGGAGGCAUCUUCUCCCUUCAUCAAACCUUCUAUCAUUCCGAAAGGUGACAAAAGCUGCUGUUGUAAAAGCAUCUUCAGAGGGUAGGCAACAUGAAGGAAGAAGAGGCUUCUUAAAGUUGUUGCUUGGAAAUGUUGGAAUUGGUGCACCAGCUUUACUUGGAGGGAACGCUAAUGCUGAUGACCAAGGAGUUUCUUCCUCGAGGAUGUCUUAUUCUAGGUUUUUGGAGUAUUUGGAUAAGGAUAGGGUUAAAAAGGUGGAUUUAUUUGAGAACGGAACCAUAGCAAUUGUUGAAGCUGUUUCUCCUGAGUUAGGGAACAGGGUGCAGCGAGUUCGGGUGCAACUUCCUGGGCUGAACCAGGAGCUCCUUCAGAAGUUCAGGGAGAAGAACAUCGACUUUGCAGCGCAUAAUGCUCAAGAGGAUUCAGGUUCUCUGUUAUUCAACUUGAUUGGGAAUCUGGCAUUCCCACUAAUUCUAAUUGGGGGUUUGUUUCUACUCUCAAGGCGUUCAUCUGGAGGUAUGGGUGGGCCCGGAGGUCCUGGCUUCCCCCUGGCCUUUGGUCAAUCUAAAGCCAAAUUCCAGAUGGAACCAAACACUGGUGUGACAUUUGAUGAUGUUGCUGGAGUAGAUGAAGCCAAGCAGGACUUUAUGGAGGUGGUGGAGUUUUUGAAGAAACCUGAGAGGUUCACUGCGGUUGGGGCUCGCAUCCCUAAAGGAGUUCUUCUUGUUGGUCCCCCAGGAACUGGAAAGACUCUGCUAGCCAAGGCAAUUGCUGGAGAAGCUGGUGUUCCAUUUUUUUCCAUUUCAGGUUCUGAGUUUGUAGAAAUGUUUGUUGGUGUUGGUGCUUCUCGAGUGCGUGAUCUUUUUAAGAAGGCCAAGGAGAAUGCACCUUGCAUUGUAUUUGUUGAUGAAAUUGAUGCUGUUGGAAGGCAAAGAGGUACUGGAAUUGGUGGAGGAAAUGAUGAAAGAGAACAGACCCUUAACCAACUUUUGACAGAAAUGGACGGUUUUGAAGGCAACACUGGUAUCAUUGUCGUUGCAGCUACUAACAGGGCAGACAUUCUGGACUCUGCCUUAUUGAGGCCUGGGAGGUUCGAUAGGCAGGUGACUGUCGAUGUUCCUGACAUUCGAGGAAGAACUGAGAUCUUAAAAGUUCAUGGUAGCAAUAAGAAAUUUGAUGGUGAUGUUUCUCUUGAGGUUAUAGCAAUGAGAACACCUGGUUUUAGUGGAGCAGACCUUGCAAACCUCCUUAAUGAGGCUGCUAUAUUAGCUGGUCGACGUGGGAAGACAGCAAUAUCAUCUAAAGAGAUUGAUGAUUCAAUUGAUAGGAUUGUUGCUGGAAUGGAAGGAACAGUAAUGACAGAUGGGAAAAGCAAAAGUCUGGUGGCAUAUCAUGAAGUUGGGCAUGCUAUUUGCGGGACUUUGACUCCAGGGCAUGAUGCUGUACAAAAAGUGACUUUGAUCCCUCGAGGUCAGGCACGGGGUCUUACCUGGUUCAUUCCUGGAGAUGACCCUACCUUGAUCUCCAAGCAGCAACUGUUUGCAAGAAUUGUUGGUGGACUCGGUGGCAGAGCUGCGGAGGAAGUCAUAUUUGGGGAACCCGAGGUAACAACAGGUGCAGCUGGUGACUUGCAGCAGAUUACUGGUUUGGCCAAACAGAUGGUAACCACAUUCGGAAUGUCAGAGAUUGGCCCAUGGUCACUAAUGGACGCGUCAGCUCAGAGUGCUGAUGUCAUCAUGAGAAUGAUGGCGAGGAACUCAAUGUCUGAAAAGCUGGCUGAAGACAUUGAUGCUGCUGUCAAGAGAUUAUCAGAUGAGGCAUAUGAGAUUGCAUUGACCCACAUAAAGAAUAACCGUGAGGCCAUCGACAAGAUUGUAGAAGUCCUUCUCGAGAAGGAAACAAUGACAGGCGAUGAAUUCCGGGCAAUUCUCUCAGAAUUCGUUGAAAUCCCAGUCGAAAACCGGGUCCCUCCUUCAGUACCAUCACCAGUCACUGUUUAAAUAAAUUAGUCAUACGGUUAUUAGCUCUCAAACCAUAUAUCUUUUAAUUGGUUAAAUGUAUAAAAAAAAGUGUAAUUAUUUUUUAUCAUGUAUAUGUAAAGUAUUCCGAUCUAAGAUACCAAAAUUUCGGUAGUUGAGCCUAAUGCAUUUUCCAUAACAUGAAUUUAUCACA